CGUGGUUAGGUAGACACUACCUCCCGCUCUCCUACGCUCAGAGGUGAAUUAACAGUUGUCGAAGCCUUGUAUUCGUUUUUGGAAGUAUAGCCAGUGUACCAUUAACCCAAGAUAUAUAAUUUGAUGUGUUAAGAAUCGUCGAACUUGUGUAUUGGUGUUUAGAAAUCGCUUCUGAACCACAACGCCAAGAAUUACGUAUAUUUCUUUAUAAAUAAACAGUUUGUAUACAGAUAAUACAACGUGUAUUAACCGGAUGCUUACGAACCUGUAUACUGGUGUUGUAAGGUAGAACUGUCUCACAAAGCCAAGAAAAAACAACUGUGUAGUAUUGUCUUCGAACCCGAGUCCUGCAGUUGUAACGUAGAAACUGUCACAAAAGGUGGAUUACUUCUCAUCGAAUCUAUGUACUGAAGUUUACGAGGUGAAGAAUCAAACAUGUAAACAACUACAACCAACCAAACAAACAAGGAGUGAAUUCAUCAGCCAAUCGUCAACCGAUAUACACAAACAAACAGACCAAUAAUAUUGACAGCAAUAUCUACCGCCUUCAAGAUGGGUUGUACCACAAGUGUCGUCUCCGUCCCAGAAGAGACCAACCUUACUCCAAGUGGCCUCGAGGGUGACCCAUUGAGCACUACCUUGAGACAGAGGAGCUUAAAGGACUUGCAAGAGGAAGAGGAAGAAAGAGUCUCGACAAUUAGUGAUGGAAAGCUUACAGGCAUUCACAACUAUGGUAAGAUGGAAGAAAAUCUCGAACCUGGGUCACUUCUUAAUGAUGCUCUCAACUCAUCCCAGAAUGCCAAUGAUCGACCAGGUUCGACUGGAUCUAGGUCGAAUAGGUCUUCAGGUUCGGCCAGGUCCAAAUCGACCAAAUCUCUCAUUUCCACCAAGUCCAAAUCAACCAGAUUAACCAAUUCACCCAAGUCCAAUAUCUCGACUCGGCCAACCUCCCCUACUAAUAGCAUAGAUCUCCCUGGUAAAGUUCCCCAGCCAACAGAAAACGAGGUGUGGGAUGAAGGAACUGCUGAGAAAACUGGGGAACAUAUCUAUAACACACAGACAGAGAAAAUGGAUAAUAGUGUCCCUAUAUUUAAUUCUGUCGAUGUAAAUAUCAGCAAAGACAGUGAAGAAUCUGACAAUAUAACUAACACAGAAAAUGAAGAGUCUGGCCUCACGAUAAGCAAAGAAAAUGAAAAUUCAAAGAGAACAAAUGACAUAGAAAACGAAAACCCCAAACCUACAACAUCUACAGAAAACAGGGAAUCUGAUCCUCUACAUGAGAAUAUAGAAAACGAAACAUUGGUACCCCUAAAUAAGAUAGAAAAUGGAAAAUUUGGUCCUUUAAUUAAGAAAGAAAAUGGAAACUUAGAAGGGGUGACUUACACAAGAAUGAAGAGAGAAACAUCAGCUAGGUCAAUUAUAUCAAGUGUUUCCUUCUCUCCUCCUUCUUCCUCUCCCUCCUCCUUCAAGAACAAAAAUACAACACAGGAAAAAUUUAAGUCAUCCCUAAACUUCUCACUAACAGAAAACGGGGGACGGGACACAAAAUAUGAAAAAGACAAUUCAAUAGAAAAUGUAGAGGAAGUUGCUAAAGCAAAUGGGAAGCAGGAGACAGCAGUAGAAAAUGAGGAGCAAGAAAUAACAGGAGGUACUGAAUUAGAAGAAGCAGGUAAAGAAAACGAAGGGGAAACUACAGUAGACCAAUCGGGAGAAGAUGCAUUGAUAGAAAGUGGGAAACAAGCGGAAGUAAUCAAAGAAAACGGAGGAGAGGAAACAGCCUCAGAAAAUGAGGAACAUGAAACAACAAGUGGAGAUGGUGAUUCUGCCCUUAAGAACACACCAAACCCACAAAAAGAAUCUCCCAGACCACAAGAAUCACUAAUGAGAAACCCUAGCAAGUCAGCGAGGUCUAUGGCAGUGUCCAUCAGUGACUUGUUGAGCGACAGUGAUAUAGUAUCCAGCAGUGAUAUGUCAACACGAGCUUCAAGUGCUAAGAAAGAUUCUAUCGACGAUUCUAUGGCUGUCAAGGGGAAUAUUAGUCACAAGGAUGAUUCUAUUGUCAUUGGGGUGGAUUCUGCUACUGUUAAGGGUGAUUCUAAUAGUAUCAAGGUGGAUUCUGCUGACGUUGAGGAAUCUGCGACUGUUGAGGGUGAUUCUAUUAACGCUAGAGUGGAUUCUGCUAUUGUUAAGGGUGAUUCUAUUGACACCAGGGUGGAUUCUGUUACUGUUAAGGGUGAUUCUAUUGAUUCCAGGGUGGAUUCUGCUACUUUUAAGGGUGAUUUUAAUAUUAUCAGGGUGGAUUCUGUUGACGUUGUGGAUUUUUCGACCAUUAAGGGUGAUUCUAUUGACGCCAGGGUGGUUUCUGUUACUGUUAAGGGUGAUCCUCAUGACACCAGGGUGGAUUCUUCUCUCCAGGGUGAUUCUAAUAAUACCAGGGUGGGUUCUGCGACUGUUAAGGAAGAUUCUAUUGACCUUGUGGAUUCUACUUCUGUUAAGGGUGAUCCUCAUGAUACCAGGGUGGAUUCUUCUCUUAAGGAUGAUUCUAAUAGUACCAGGGUGGAUUCACCUACUGUUAAGGAUGAUUCCACAGAAGUCAAUGAUAAUGACAAGGAAGAUUCUAGUGCCAAAAGAGUGAAUGUUGAAGCAUUUAAGAGUGAUUCUAUUGAUGUCUAUGAAGAUCCAGGCAUAAAGAAUGAUUCUUGUGGCUCCAAUAUUGUAUCUACAAAAAUCAUGGGUGAUUCUAAUGACACCAGGGAUGAUUAUGUAACUGUUAAGCAUGAUUCUAGUUGUGUUAUUGAAGAUUCUAACACCAAGAAUGAUUCCAGUAGCACCAAAGAGGAUUCAGAAACAGUGAAAGAUGAUCCCACUAACGUCAAUGAAGAUUCUAACGACAAGAAUGAUUCUAAUGACACCUGGAUAGAUUCUGCAUCUCUCAAGGGUGAUUCAGGAAAUGUCGAAGGUGAUUCUGGUACUAUCGAGAGUAUUUCUGGCACUGUCCAGGGUGAUUCUGGCAUUAUCGAUGGUGAUUCUGGCACUGUCGAGGGUGAUUCUGGCACUAUCGAUGGUGAUUCUGGCACUGUCGAGGGUGAUUCUGGCACUGUCGUGGGUGAUUCUGGCACUGUCGAGGGUGAUUUUAGCACUGUCGAGGGUGAUUCUGGCACUGUCGAGGGUAAUUCUGGCACUGUCGAGGGUGAUUCUGGCACUGUCAAGGAGGGUGAUUCUGGCACUGUCGAGGGUGAUUCUGGCACUGUCGAGGGUGAUUCUGGCACUGUCAAGGGUGAUUCUGGCACUGAUGAGGGUGAUUCAGUAACAGUGAAGGAUGAUUUUACAGAAGUCAUUGAAGAUUCUAGCGACAAUAAUCAUUCUAAUGACACCAGGAUAGAUUCUACAUCUCUCAGGGGUGGUUCUGGCACUAUCGAGGGUGAUUCUAGUGAUAAGAUCGAUUCUAGUGGCACUAGGGUGGAUUCAGCAACUAUCAAAGGCGAUUUUAAAGCCAGUAAUGAUUCUUACGGUACCAGGGUCGAUUCUGCAAUUGUUAAUGGAGAUUCUACAAGCCUGGGUGGUAAUUCUGAUGGUAUAAAUAUUGAUUCUAAUGAUCAACUUGAGUCUACAAAACUGGUGGCUGAUUCUACAGAUGUGAGGACUGAUUCAGAAGUCCUUACUGGUGAUUCUACAUCUUUGAAGGUUGAAUCAGAAGGCCUUAAUGGUGAGUCUCAUAAUAAUGGUGAUUCUACAGUUGUCAGAGAUGAUUCAGAAGUCCUUAAUGGUGAUUCUACAAGUAUUAAGACUGAUUCAGAAGUCCUUAUUGGUGAUUCUACAUCUUUGAAGGUUGAAUCAGAAGGCCUUAAUGGUGAUUCUCAUAUUAAUGGUGAUUCUACAGAUGUGAGAGAUGAUUCAGAAGUCCUCAAUGGUGAUUUUCAUAUCAAUGGUGAUUCUGGAAAUGUUAAGGCCGACUCAGAAGGUCCUGAUGCCAAUGUUAAUAUCAAAAAAGAUUCUACAAAUCCUAAAGAUGGUUCUAUGAGUACACAGAAUGACUCUAUGAGUUUGAAGAAUGAUUCUACGAGUAUACACGAUCCUAAAAGCCUGAAAUUUGAUAUUAUAAGUAUAAAGAAUGAUUAUACAAGCUUCAAGGAUGAUUCUAUAAACAUGAUCCAUGAUUCUAUAAGCCAAAAGAGUGAUUCUACAAGUCUGAGAAUGACUCUACAUGUAUAA